AUGAAUAAUAAAUUACCUGAAUUUUCCCCUAAUUAUAUGACAAUCCUCAUUUAAAUUGAAAUUAUGCUAGAAUAAUAAUUGGAAGAUUAAAGAGAAUAGCUCAAAAGAUUAAAUAAUGUUUUUAAUGAUCAAAUAAUGAUUCAUCUGGAAUCAUUUAAAAAUACUUAUUUCAAUAAAUUAGAUGAAGUUAAUUCUUGGCUUAAAACUGAGACCGAAAAACUUCUUUCGAUAAACUUGAAAGUAAAAACUGAAGAAUAUGAAGGUUUAAUAAUGGAGAAAAGUUAAUUGAAAAUAACUCGUUUUUAAAUUCAUUUUAUUAAUUAAAAAGAACUACAUUAUGUUUAAAAUAGAGAAAUCCUUUAUAAGUAUAAUUUUAUAUUGUGAUAAAGAUUUUAAAAUUAUGGUUUGCAAGCAGGACCAGAGAUAAUUACGAAUUUAGAACUUAUCAAACAUCUCAAAUGGGUAGGGAAAUAAGAAAAAGAUUUUUUUAAAGUUGGACCAUGGACUGCAAUAUGGAAGGAAGAACCUAUAAAAGAAUUUGGCGGUUAGUACACCCAAAAAGGCAAAAAAUAAGGUAAUUGGAAGGAAAUGAUAAAAAAUUAUUAUGAGUAUAGAUAUUUCUUAUAUAUUUUAGUAAUGCUAAAGUUUAUGAGGUUGGAGAAUAUGAAGACGAUUAUAGAAGAGGGACUUGGAAGUAUUAUUAUUAAGGUGAAGUUAUGUAAUUAUUAUUUUCUAAUUUAAAAAAGUGGUGGAGGCUUAUACGAUUAAAAAGGAAUAAGAUAAGGAAAAUGGAUUGAAUUAAGUGAUCGAUUUUCGGAGUAUUCAUAAAUUGCGUAUAGUGGUGAAUACUCCAAAGGUUAAAAAGUAGGUUUAUGGGAUAUUUGGUACAAGAUAAUUUACGGAGCCCAUAUCCAUAUGAAGAAGCAAAUGUAAUUAGAAUUAUAUUCAUAUUUUCUUGUAGAGGAGGAGGAUGUUUUAAUGAAAAUGGUUCUCUAAAAAUUGGGAAGUGGAUUGAGUUAAGUGAAGAAUUUUCUUGCACUUAAGAAGUUAUUUGUAUUGGAGAAUAUAAUUAAUAUGGAAAUAAAAUAGGUAGAUGGGAUAUUCUUUAUAGAUAAAACAGCACUUAAUCAUUCGAAUAUAUGUAAAUAUUAUAAAAUUACAAUAAUCAUCUGUUAGCGGAGGUGGAUAUUACAUCUGUGAAGAGAAUUAGAAGAAAUUCGGAAAAUGGAUAGAGUUAACUAAAGAGUUUCGGUACGAAUCUAAGGUUACUUAUAAUGGAGAAUAUGAUAUGAAAGGUACGAAAGUUGGUAGAUGGGACAUAAUGUAUUGUAAAUGUAAUGAAAUUUAAUAUAAAUAAAUGUAAAUAUUAUAUGAGUAAUAGGGGAAUAUAAAUGUAAAUUUUUAUAGUGGUGGUGGAUCUUAUGAUUUAGAAGGAAAUGAGAAAAAAAUUGGAAAGUGGAUAGAAUUGGAUGAUGGGUUUUCAAACAGUAAAUAAGUAAUCUAUAGUGGCGAAUAUAAUAUGGAAGCUGUGAAGGUUGGAAGAUGGGAUAUUCAGCAUUGUAAAUAAAACGAGAAAAUUUUUAAAUAAAUGUAUAUAUUUAAUAAGUAUAAGGAAAUAAAGAGGAGGAGGAUCUUAUGAUUUAGAAGGAAAUUAGAAAAAAAUUGGAAAGUGGAUAGAAUUGGAUGAUGGGUUUUUUAAUAGUAAAUAAGUAACUUAUAGUGGUGAAUAUAAUAUGAAAGUUGCGAAGGUUGGAAGAUGGGAUAUUUAGUAUUGUAAAUAAAACGAGAAAAUUUUUAAAUAAAUGUAAUAUUUAGUAAGUAUAAGGAAAUAAAGAGGAGGAGGAUCAUAUGAUUAAGAAGGAAAUUAGAAAAAAAUUGGAAAGUGGAUAGAAUUGGAUGAUGAGUUUUAUUCUGGUAAAUAAGUCACUUAUCAUGGUGAAUACAAUAUGAAAGGUUUGAAGGUUCGAAGAUGGGAUAUUAAGUUUGAGAAAACAAUAAUGUAUUAAAAUUAUAGUAAUGUCCUAGUGGGGGUGGAUCAUAUGCGGAAGAGGGAUAUAAAUAAAAGAUUGGAUAGUGGGUAGAGUUGGAUGAGGGGUUUAAUUUUUAUAAAUAAAUCAAAAAUAGUGGUGAAUAUAAUAUCAAAGGAAUGAAGGUAGGAAGAUGGGAUAUUAGUUAUUUUAAAGGUGAUGAAAAGAAAUAUAUAUAAAUGUAGCUAUUUAUGAUUAUUAGAAAAUAUAGUGGUGGUGGAUCAUAUGAUGAAGAAGGAAAUUGUUAAAAAAUUGGUAAAUGGGUGGAAUUGGAUAGAGAUUUUACUUGGGGUAAUAAAAUGGUGAAUAUUG